AAAAAAAAUAAAACAGGUUUUACAAAUUAAUUUUCAAUUCUAACUGUAAAUAUAUUUUUUCUAUUCAGGACUUUUUGCUGCGAAUAGUAUUCAUGAUAUAAAAUCUUCAAGAAAUCAUUUAAUGACUGGUGCAACUAUUUCAUCUCGAUUUCGUAAUAAUAGUUUAUCAAGUUUAUUAUUUCCUCCAACGGAACAAAAACAAGAAAUUGAACAAUAUGAUCCAAUUGAUGAACAUAAUAGUAGUAAUCUCAAUUCAUCGAAUAAUUCACAAUUAACAUUAAAUGUUCGAAGAAAUGGUUUUCCACCAGCAACAAUACUUCAUCAAAAAAUACGUUUACCAAUAACAACAACAACUUGUCAAUCUACUGAAAAAAAGUUUUUAUCAUCAAAAUCAACAGAUACUCCAUCGCAUGCGUCAGCAAGAUUAAAAUCUGAAAUUGAUUAUCUUCGUAAUAAAUUACAAAAACAUGAACAAUCAAGUAAAAGUUUCCGUUUUCGAGAUAAUCGAGAUUUGGAUGGUACUCGACAUGGUACUGUUUCCUAUUCAACAUCUUGUCGUCUUCCAUCUGCAUCGACUAUACUUACAGCUGAUCGUAUUCAUAAACGUUUUUCAUCGGCUGUAACACAUAAUACAACAAAUACAAAUAUGAUAAAACCUACAAUAAAUGAUGCAUCUACUCAAACGAUGCCUAUUCUUUCGAAUAUUAUUACAACAAUAAAUCCACCAAUUAUUGAAACAGAUGAUAAUCAAUCAAAUAGAGCAGAUUAUCAACCAACACAUGCUUAUCAAAUUCCACAACAAUCAAAUGUUGGUAGCGAAUGUGUAUUUUUUACUGAUUCAUCUAUGUUUUCAUCAAUCAAAACACGGUCAAUUAAAACUGAUCGUUAUCAUAAUGAUCUCAAAACAAUUGCUUGUCCAUUCUAUGUGAUGUAUUUUACAAAUUUAACGAUGCAACAAGGACAAACUAAAGAUAAUAAUAAUGAGAAUGAAAUGGCAUCAUCGACAACGCGUAAAGUACCGGUUAAUUCACGAACAAGUACAGCUUUUCCUCGACAUCAAUCAACUAGAAGACAAGUUAAUAGUCAACUAAAUCUAGAUACUUAUUUAACAAUAGAUGAUAAUGUUUAUGUAACAGAUUCAACUAAAAUACCUUUAAAUGAAAAUUCAUCUAAAUUAAAAGAUAUUCUUCGAACUAAAUCAUGGAACCAUGUAAGAGUAUAA